UCGUUAUUUUGCGGUUUUGCCGACUAACGCCUAACUCCCGCAGCAUCUAUCCCGAGUUCCCGACUCUUGAUGAGUCUCGCGCAGCCUCUUCUUGCUAACGGCGCACACCCAGCAAUUUCAUCAGUAAGCACAGCACUCCUGUCAGCGAUAAAUCUACCAUUGGUUCCUUCCUAUUGCAUUCAAUUCCUACGCUCUCAAUCUUCCCUGCCAUCAAUUGCCUUCUCUGUUUCUGCGACAACUUCAUCUUCCUCCUCUGCUGCAUUCUCUUUCUCCGUCUGUAAAUUAGAUCAAUACUUCAAGACAAGUUCAUCUCAAUUUUUUGUUUCAGUGUUGAAAUCGGUGAUCAAGCGCUAGUUUUCGCAAGAAUUCCUGGUGUAAAGUAGUUGUGAUUAAUUAACAUGCCAAAGAAUUUCCGGAAAAGGAAAGUUGAGGAUGAAGCGGCAGACAAUGUUUCAGACGACGAGGAGGAUAGAAGGUUGGCAUUAGAGGAGGUGAAAUUGCUUCAAAAGCAGAGGGAGAGGAGAUCUGGAAUCCCUGCUAAUUCAAUACCACAGUCAUCUGAUGUAGCAACAAAGAUAGGCGAAAAAGUCGAGGCUGAUGGAGAUAAAGAAGAGUUAGUUUUGCAGGAUACGUUUGCACAAGAAACUGCUGUCAUGAUUGAAGACCCCAAUAUGUUAAAGUAUAUCGACCAAGAAUUAGCCAAGAAAAGGGGCAAGGAAAUUACUGCGAUAGAACAAUCUGAGAGUGAAUUGACUCUUGCUGAAGAAGGGUUAUACAAGAUUCCGGAUCAUUUAAAAGUGAAAAAGAGAAAUUCGGAAGAAAGCUCUACUCAGUGGACCACUGGUAUUGCAGAAAUUCAGCUUCCUAUUGAAUUUAAGUUGAAAAAUAUCGAGGAAACUGAAGCAGCCAAAAAGCUUCUGCAUGAAAAGAGAUAUACAGGUCAGACCAAGAAAGAAUCAACCAAUUCUUGGAAUCACAAUGCUGAUUAUUUCCAGUGUGGGAAAGAUUAUGCUGAAAAACUUAGGAGAGAUCAUCCGGAGCUGCACAAGGAUAGAGGAACAGAGGAUAGUGGAGCGGGUUCAAGGCCCAGUGACAAUGGUGCAGAACCAACUGGGAGAAGGCUCGCAGCAACAGAUGAGCUUAUGCUUGAACGCUUCAGGAAACGAGAACGACAACGUGGAAUGAGGAGAUGAGAUUAGCUAGCAUGGCCAAAGUGGUUGAUUUAGUAGAUCGGCGAGUGUCGUGUAACUUGUAGUGUAAUAAUUAUCUCAUGUUUUCUUUGAUCAUUCUUUUUUGGCCAAUUAUUUGUAACAUAUGACCUUUUUGCUAGUUUGUAAUUUUAUGGCCAUUUCAGCUUUAUGAAAAAGCAUGAUAGACCAUAAGAAAUCACACUAAAUGGUUGGGGGUGGGGGUGGGGGGCAAAGUUUUGAACUUUAAUAACUUUUAAUUAAAAUU